UUGCUAUUUCAAUAUUAGUUCCCGUAAUGUAAUUCCUGUUUGAUUAUUUUUGUUUUCAGAGGGGCGUGAAAUUUCUGAAUUUUUGAACAAUGAAGUUCCGUUUCUGUGGUGACCUCGAUUGCCCGGACUGGGUGCUAGCUGAAAUCAGCAUAUUGUCAAAAAUGACCUCCAUAAAGAUGAAACUGUUGUGUGUGCAAGUGAUGAAGGACAUGCUUUCUCAGGGUAUUGAUUAUGAGAAAGUGUACAAGAUAACACAGGAUGCUAAAUUUGAGAUUGGUGAUGUGAAGGCCUCUAUUGCUGCGUUGACCUUCAUUCUGUCCAGCGCUGUUAAAUAUAACUGUGAUGGGGAAACUCUGUCCAAUGAACUGCAGCAACUGGGGCUCCCCAAAGAACAUGCCACUUCUCUGUGUAAAUCUUACAGCGACAGUUCAGACAAGUUACAGCGCCACCUACGGACCACCAGCCUCAGAUUGUCACAUCUGGAGAAAACCGAGUGGAGAGUGGACUACAUCCUUAGUUCUAGUGAAUUAAAGGAAGUGAAUGAACCGAGUGUACAAAUGAGACUACACAUACGGAAUCCCGACACAGGAAAGAUAACUCCUGCAUCCUUCACCGUGGACAUGGAUAAAUUCCGAAUUCUCUUGAAUGAGCUAAAGCAAGCUGAGACAGUGAUGGGAAACUUCACGUGACUUUCUGAGACAGUGAUGGGGAAACUUCACGUGACUUUCUGAGACAGUGAUGGGGAAACUUCAUGUGACUUUCUGAGACAGUGACGGGAAAAUUCACGUGACUUUGAUUUUCUUUGGAACAAGAACUUAUGUUUCCAAUUUUGUUAUAAAUAUGCAUUUUUAUAGAAAUAAAAUCAAUAUUUUUUUUAUAGAGA